CUUUACAAAAUAUAUAAAAAGCAAAGAAGUUUUGCUAAACAACUUGGAACUUGGAAGUCAUGAAGUUCUCUUUUGCAUUCAUCCUUGUACCUCUCUUUCUUCUGAUUCAAACUUAUCAGUUCUCUUCAGCUAGCCAAGAUCUUCUUCUUGCAUCAGCAGUGCGUGCAAAUAAACUUGCACCAGCACUGUAUGUAUUUGGUGAUUCUUUGGUCGACAGUGGAAACAAUAAUUAUCUUAAAACACUAGCAAAAGUUAAUUAUACACCAUAUGGAAUCGAUUUUCCGAAUGGAGCUUCUGGCAGGUUCACCAACGGCUACACUACCGUAGACUAUUUGGCUGCAUGGCUUGGAUUACCGUUCGUACCCCCGUUUUUAGGUUUGUCAAAAGUACAAAAGGGUAAAAUAACAACAGGUAUAAACUAUGCAUCCGGAGCCGCUGGCAUUCUUCCAGAAUCAGGAACUGCAACGGGGGACAACUUGAGUUUGGAAGAACAAGUCAAUUACUUCAAACAAACAGUACAAAUUGACUUACUUAAAUCCUUGAAAACUCGAAGUAAGAUAUCUACAUACAUGGCCACGUCGAUAUUUGUUGUUGUAAUAGGUAACAACGAUUACAUCAACAAUUAUUUGCAACCAACAAGAUACAAUAGCAGCAAAUUAUAUACACCUCAACAAUAUGCUGCACUCUUGGUAUCAACUCUCAAACAACAUCUAACGAGUGUAUACAACUUAGGUGCAAGGAAAUUUGUAGUUUUCGAAUUGGGUCCAAUUGGGUGCUUACCAUCAAUAGUUAAUAGUAUUACUCCGAAGCCAGUCACUCCAUGUGUAGAAGGUGUUAAUAGUCUGAUUCAAAUUUUCAAUUUGGGAAUUACAAAUAUGAUUCAAGAACUGACAUCCACCUUGAAAGGCUCCACUUUUGUUCACGGUGAUAUCUUCGAAAAAGUCUACCAACAAGACAUAAAUCCUCUAAAAUAUGGCUUUACCGGAGGAAAUACGCCAUGUUGUUCAAUUUCAAAUGCCAGUUCACUUUGUCUUCCGAAUCAGACACCAUGCAAGAACAGGAAUGUGUAUCUCCAUUGGGAUGGGUAUCAUCCAACUCAGAGAGUUAACUAUGAAAUUGCCAAUGGAUGUUUCAGAGGCUUAUCGACUUGUUUUCCAAUUAACGUUCACAAAUUAGCGUGUCUUUAAUAGUUUAUUUUCAAUUUUCUUUCAAAGUAGUUUUGUGGAGGAAAACAACUCUCCUUUCUCAAGUAUUUUUCAUUUUCAGUUAAUUUUGUUGCGAACAAGGAUCAAUUUUAUGUAAAACUUAAAUGGGAUUUUAAUAGCCCAUAAACAUGAAACCUGUUUUGAGGCAUACUGAUUUUUUUUAAGGCA